UCCAUUAAGAUAAUGUGUUCAUGCUCUUAGUUUAAGCCAAGUGUUUCACUACAAAUUUUUCCUCAAACCUCACAUAAUUAACCAAGUUUUCUAAUUUCCCAAUUCCGUAUUUUGAUCCUUCAAUUAGGUUCAUAAUUGGUGGUGUUUAGUUUAAUUUCACCAUAUGGCACCACAUGGAGAAUCUUUGCCUAGUAGCACUUUCGCUACUAGGAGCAACAACAACAUAUUAUCAAAGCCACCAAAGCUUUCAUCUGAGAAUCUUCAAAGAACUAUCUCGGACAUCUCCUUCGAGCUGGCGAAAGAAGCGAUGAUCGAUUCUUCUAAGAAUAAUAACAAUACCAAGCAGCUUUCGUCGAUAUCCGAGGUUGAAGUAGAUGGAAAGUGUGAGUGUUGUGGCAUGUCUGAGGAGUGUACUCUUGAGUACAUGGACCGCGUCCGCGACAAGUUCCUAGGGAAGUUUGUGUGUGGUUUGUGUUCUGAGGCAGUGAAGGAAGAGUUGGAGAAAAAUGGAGGGAAGAAAGAAGAGGCUUUGAGUUCACACAUGAGUGCAUGUGUUAGGUUUAACAAGUUUGGAAGGGCAUUUCCGGUAUUGUUUCAAGCUGAAGCAAUGAAGGAGAUGCUUAAGAAGAGUAAGUUUGAUGGAAAAAUUAGGGCUAAAUCUAUUAGCCCUAGAGAGAAAGGAGGAGGGAUCAUCAAUAAAGGAGGGCUUGCUCGUAGUUCAAGUUGUAUUCCAGCAAUCACAAAAGAGUUAAAUGAAAUCAAAAUAGCUCAUUAAUUAAUUUUAGCUGAAAAUUCAGGUUCGGUUUAUUUCACGUGCAGCCAAUGACUCUCAUUUAUUAAUUUCACGUGAAGUUAGCUGUAACUGAAUUUCUACCUUAAUUUUAUGUGUUUGAAUGAUACUACAGGUAUGUAAAGGAGGUAUAUUUUAUCAAACAGUUUAAAAAUAAUAAUGUUAGAAUUAAGAUAAAAUGUUUUUUGCUGUAUUAAAUUAUUAUUGAUAAUUUGAUACUAGCUUUCUAGCUAGGUAUAUGGGGACAUAGUCUUGUAUAUUUUAUACAUGUCUCCAAUAGUUUCUCUUCUUAGAGCAGACUAAAAUAUGCUUCAUGAAACCCCAAAGUUGAUUCUUAGGUUUUUUUUAUUAGGUGAUGGUCUAUAUCUCCCUAUUCUAACCUUUGAGUCCUAGCUAUAGGGUUUCUUAUGAAUCUUUUAUUUUUCCAUUUUGUAUCUUUAAGUUUUGAUAUUUCUAGUUUGCAUUUCUUCCUAUGAAGAGAGUUGUUGGUUGUUUUUUAAUUUGUUAUUAGUGUUUUUUUAAUUUUAUUGUCUUUUUCCUCCAAAGUCAAGAUAUGUAUCCUAGGUGUGACCAAUCAUGUAUUAUGGAAUAAAAGUGUAUUUGAUGUAA